AUGGCCAUAGCCAUCGCCACCGCCACCGCCACAGCCAUAAAUCACCACCGUAGCUCUUGCAAUUGGUUAGGCACACCCACGAACGUAGCAGAUGAAGCCAUCUCACCUCUCCCUCCGGCUAGAGCUCUUGUACUUCUUCCUCGCACCGCCCAAUUUCAGGGAGUGGCUGAUCAAGUCUGUCUUAGUCUCUUGCCUACUAGUGAGGGUAGUUCGGUCACUGUUGCAAGGGCAUUGAGCAUCUUUCACACAUGGAAGCAUUGUGGCGGAGCUUUGAUGCAAAAACUGAUAAAGCAUAACCAGCCAUUGAAAUCAGGGUAUAUGGAUGCUUUUACUGAGUCUAGGGAGAAAGCUAUGGUUGUCAACUUAGAGUUUAUAAAGGCUAUAGUUACAGCUGAAGAAGUGCUGUUGCUUGAUCCUCUCUUCCAGGAGGUUCUUCCGUUUGUGGAUCAGCUGCAGCAACAACUUCCUCAUAAAAGCGUGUCCAAAAGUCAAAGAGGGGGUCAAAUGGAUGUACAAGAUAAUGAAAUGCAAUUAUCAUCUGGGGGACAAUGGUUACCCAUUCCUGAAGCCGUUGAAGGUUUGAAGUGUGACCUCCCAUUUGAGUUUCAAGUUCUCAAGAUUGCAUUGAAGGUUGUUUGUACAUAUUUGGACUCUAGUGUAGCAGACCUUGAGAGAAAUGCUUAUUCUGUAUUGGAUGAACUAGUGAGGAAUGUUAGCACCAAGAAUUUUGAGCGCGUGAGGAGUUUGAAAAGCAAUCUGACCAGUUUACUUGCACGGGUGCAAAAGGUGCGUGAUGAAAUUGAACAUCUUUUAGAUGACAAUGAAGACAUGGCACAUUUAUACUUAACAAGGAAAUGGAUUCAGAGUCAGCAAUUUGAGGCUUACUUAGCAAGUAUAGCUUCUAACAGCAUUGUCAGUGCUGGACAUCAACUUCGCCAUCUUAGUUCUAAUAGGAGUGGAAGUUUAUUGUUGAGCAACCAUUUCUGUACUCAACUAAUUUCACGAUACAAAAUUAGACUACAACCAUGAGAACACACAUUCAAGUCAGAAACCAUUUUGUUCUUCCCCUGUUUCUCUAAUCUCUACUAAUAUGAAUGAAACCACUUUGAUUAUUUUCUUUCCUUUGUUUCGAUUACUAGAAUUUUAUAAAUCAGUUUAGAAUAUUU